GAAGAUUCCACUUCAACGCUGUGUUUCCUCGCGUUUUGAUUUUACCAAAUAUCUUAUUCGGAACUGGGUCUUUAUCUUUUCAAUUAUUGCUAAGGGUUUGAUUCGUGUGACUUAUCCCCCCACCUCUCUUUAAUUUUACUUUUCUGCGCCGGAGGAUUUUUUCCCAAACUCAAAAUUCAUGAUGGUUAGGGGAGGAAGGUUUAGUGGCAAACGCAACUUCAGAAAAAAGGUUCGGUCAAAGGAGGGAGGAUCCGAUGAUUCGGAUGAGGACUAUGUGGUUUCAGAUGAUGGCAGAGAGGUAUCUGACUACUAUUGCUCCUCCCUUGAUGGAUGUGCAUCAGAGGAUAGUUUUGGGAGUUUUUUGGCAGAGGAGGAUGAGGAAUUUCAAACAGUGAGGAAUUUCAAUAGAUCCAAGGCAAAAAAGAGCACUGCUAUUAGGCCGAAAAAUGCCAGUAAAAACUCGCACCAGAGGGAAAGGAUUAAAUAUGCAGAAGAGGAGGAAGAAGAGGACGAGGAGGAGUUGGAAGAAGAGGAAGAGGAAGAGGAGGAAGAAGAAUACAAAGUGGAGGAAGAGGAGGAGGAGGAGGAAAUUCAAGAGGCGAGGAAUUUCAGUAGACCAAAGGCAAAAAAUGGUGUAUGCAGUAAGAAAAGAAGUGCAGGAAAAAUCUCCUCAAAGAGGGGAAGGAAAAUACACACAGAACAACUGGAAGAGGAGGAGGAAGAGGUCAAACUAGAGGAGGAGGAGGAGGAAGAGAAGGAGAAGGUGGAUAGAGAUGGAAAUGACGAAGAAGAGGAGGGAGAUAGAGAUGGAGAGGAUGAAGAUUUUGACUAUGAGGAUGAGGAUGAGGAUGAUGAGUUUUUCCCUGAGGAAGAUGAUUAUUCAGAUGAGGAAGAAGAAAUGAGAGGGAAAAAGAAGACCAAUGAUGGCAUGAAAAUGGUCAAAAAGGUUUUUCAGAAGAAAAGGUCCUCUGUAGUUUCGACUAGAGGUAGAAAAAGGCAGAGUUCUAGAGCAACAAAGAAGCCCUUGAGAAAGAAAAGAAGAAAGAAUGGGAGGUUAAGGAAGAAAGUAAGAUGUGAAGAUGAAGAUGAAGAUGAUUUUAUAGAUAAUAGCCCAACCAUGACAACAAGUAAGAAAAAACGGGGCCAGAAGAGAAAAAGGGUACUUCUUUCAGAUUCAGAAUAUGCAUCUUCUGGAUCGUCUGAUUUUGAGUUUACUAUAUCUGAAGAAGAGAGAGAACAGGUGCGAGAAGCCAAAAAAUUGUGUGGAAAUUUGAGAAAUAACUUGAGGAGUUCAUCCCAUCUAAUAAACAAUGAAGAGGUUGGUGCCCAUGAGGAACAAGUUCAGUUGCGAAAACCGCCAGCUCGGAAGGGUAAGGAAAAGAUAGAAGAACCUCAAGGAAGAAAGGGUAAGGAAAAGGUGGAGGUAAAAAGUGAGAUGGGUAAGCAAGUGUGUGGGAUUUGUCUGUCCGAAGAAGAUAAAAGAAGAGUUAGGGGAGUACUAAAUUGCUGUACUCACUUCUUUUGUUUUGCUUGCAUUAUGGAGUGGGCAAAGGUGGAAUCUCGUUGCCCUUUGUGUAAGCAGAGAUUCAAAACAAUCAGCAAGCCUGCUCGGUCAACCACAGGGAUUGAUUUAAGAGAAGUGGUGAUACAAGUCCCCGAACGUGACCAGGUUUAUCAGCCCUCUGAAGAAGAACUCAGGAGCUAUAUUGAUCCAUAUGAAUAUGUUAUUUGUUCAGAGUGUCAUCAAGGUGGAGAUGAUGGCCUCAUGCUACUAUGCGAUAUCUGUGAUUCCCCUGCACACACAUAUUGUGUUGGUUUGGGGCGGGAAGUUCCUGAAGGUAAUUGGUAUUGUGAGGGCUGUAGACCAGUCGCUCUGGGAUCAUCAAGCUCCCAAGUUCAAGAAGGUGUGGCUGAUCCAAGGUUGACAAUCCAGAACCUUCCUGUUAGGCCACCUCCUGCUCUACAUGUACGAGAAAGUAUAGACCUCAACUUGAUUUCCUCACCCCGUGCAGCUUUUAAUCAAGGUUUUGGGCAUCUCCCAUCUUCUAGAUUUAGUGGCAGAAGUGUUGAGGGAUCUUCACCUGUAUCUGGUGGAGCGCCAACGUUAUCAGAGAGACGCUGGAUACACCGUCAAAUUCAACAAUUACUUUCAAUAGAUAGGAUGGCUGCUACACCUGGCAGAACCACCAAUGGUUUUUCAGCUACCAGUUCAACUAGUAACUUGUAUAGCACUCAAAUUGAUCAAAGCAGGGGAACCGCCACUCUUCAUGCAAGGACGCAGGAUGUGGGAACGUCAUACCACACAUUUUUUGAUGACAGAUUAUGUAACAAUACCUCUCCGCUAAUGCAGAAUGGGCCAUUAUGGCCUGGACUCAUGGCGACACCCCCAGUACCAGAUUGUGAACAAGUUCAUCAGUUCAGUAGAUCAAACAUUGUCCCUGAUGAUGGCUUAUCCACUGCUGUCAGAGAAGAGACGAACUUUCACACUGCGAAGGAGCAGUUGCAGUCGAUGGUUAAAAGUCACCUGAAGAGUUUGUCCCAAAAUAUUGAUUUAGGCCACAGUACUUUCAAGGAUGUUGCAAGGAGUUCUAUGCACACCAUACUAGCAGCUUGUGAUCUUGAGCACAAGAACAGUGAAGUUUGCAAUGUGCCUCCUCCGUCUGCCUGUCCGCACAUGGAACUAAUGGCUGGCGGGCCAACUAGUCUGAUUAAAGGUUGCUGCUCAUCGUGCUUUGAUUCUUUUGUAGGAGAUGUGGUGAAGAGGGUUUUGGACACAAGAGUUUCAUCCCAGUGGUUACGAUUAGGUCUAUAGGCAUAAAAUUAUUGCAAUGUGUCCAAAGACACCUUUUUUGUUAGUUCAGAAAGACAAAAGAACAUUUCAUUUACUUGUUUAUAGAUAUCACAUGAAUAUGAUUUACUCUGAACAGAAAGGCUGCUGCUUCUAACAUUUUAUUUUGUUUAACUUGGCGCUUAUACAGAUACUCGUAUUUGGUUAAAUAUAAAUGCCGAAGAUUCUCGGGUA